AUGGCCUCCUCCAAACACGAGUUAUAUGGAACAGUCAUGAUCACUGGCGCGCUCUCCGACUUGGGGGAAAGGCUCGCCCUAGCAUUCGCCUCCGAGGGUGCGUCGGCUAUAUUCCUGACGGACGUCACGCAAAACGAAAGCGAGCUCAUCAAGCUGGCGGAAAAAGUCGACCAGGCGUUUUCCAUAUCUAAAAGCAAAUCCAAAUGCCGAUACGGAGUCUUGAGGUCUGCUCACGAUGAAGGUGCAAUCUCCGCCACCGUAGAAGAGUGCGUAAAGGCCUUUGGAGGCAUCGAUUUUGCCGUCAACAUUGCCUGUCAGAGUGUUGAGCGCAAGAACGUGCUCGAAACCAGCGUGGCCGAGUUCGAUUCCUACGUGGCAAAUACUAUGGUGAAGGUAUUCUUUUACCAACAGUAUCAGGCCAGGCAGAUGGCCAGCCAAAAGCCGGCUCACGCAAGCAUUGUCAAUGUCUCGACAGCAUUGGGAUUGGCCACGACCCCACGCGCCACGAUGGAAGCUUCCAGCCAGCAUGGCGUGGUGGGAUUUACCAGGUCUGCCGCUCUAGACUGUGCACCUCUGGGAAUUCGUGUCAAUGCCGUAUGCCCAGGAGUGCUUGAGACUGUGAGCGAAACAGACCCUGUCCUCGCAAGUGCAGAGACCAAGAAGGUUCCAACGGCUCGGCUGACGGGGAUCGAAGAGGUCAUUGGGGCGAUUCUCUACUUUUCUGGCGCUAUGGCCUCUGGUAUCACAGGUCAAUGCGUCGCUAUAGAUGGCGGGUGGCUCCUCCGACAUGUCUAA